AUGACAGUGGAUGAACGCCUGGAGGGUGUAACUGACCCACAUACUCGAUCUGCUGUCCAUCAUGCCCGGCAGAGGAUGGACGGUAUCAUACAGGAGGCAUUGAAGAACACAGAUUUUGAUUACCAGUCUGUGGCGAUCCACAACGACAAGGCAAAGAUGAAAAAUGGGACGCAAGGUAAUUUGAAGCCACUCAAACUUCCCCCAAUCAACCCUGGCCAAAAGAUCAUCUUGGACCACCCUGGGGGAGCAGCCAUUGAAGACAAAAAUGGUGUUCUCGUGGCGAUAAGGUUACCAGCGGUGUUUCAAGAAAUUCAUCUGGUCAAGUUUAACCCAUUGCCUCAGAAUGACAUUGUCGAAGCAGGUCAUGACCUAAGCCACGAGUUCAAGUUCCCCCAGCCCAAGUUCCACAUAAAUACCAAGGACCACAUCCCCCAUAACCUGUUCAAGUCAGGCCAAAUACACUAUGCCUACUGGCAUCCAAUAGGACAAAUGCACUUGCGUCCUGUUGUGAGUUCAGAUGCCAAGGAUCAGGUGGAGAAGCACAAGAGGUUCCAAAAUCGCUGUGAAUCAUUCUACCACAUUCUGAACAUGUACACCAAGCAGCUUGCUCCCAACUUUGCAAGAUGCAGCCAUGAAGUUUGGAUCAAGAUCAGGAAGAAGCGUGAUUGA